AGGGGAUUUAUGUGUACAAUUUUAUAUUCCUUGUAUGUUUCAACCUUUUUAAUGUUUCUUCUUGUAGUGCAACUUUUACAUAGUUUGUUCUAUAUUAUUGUUUCAUUUCUGGUUUAAAUAUUUGAAUAUCUGUUUAUACAUGUUCCUUUAGUGUGUAGCAUGAGGGAGGCCACAACUGCGUUCCGUGGUGCAAUCCCACUGCAGGAUGGGAAAUGAAAGCAAAUGUUCAAAACCUUCAACAUAAAUGGCAGAAGAAACACUUCAUGGAGGGCUUUUGAGGAUUUGUAGUGACUGACUUCUUUCUCAGUGGCGUAUUAGCUCCACUAGAUGGAGCUCUUGAGCCACGAGUGUUUGACUCUCUGGGCUUUUCUCAGUUUUUGAGGAGAGUAUGUGUAAUUGUGAAUUCCAAACUGUUAAGUCCAAAAGUUUUCAAAUGUACAGAGUAAAGAAAAGUUAUCAAAUGUGCUUAUCUCCUCUUCAGUCAGUCUAACUUUAAAUGUUUUUUUUAAUUAGUUUAAUUAAAACUAAUACCCUGCUUGGAAUACGCAGCAAGUAAUAUAGUUUUGUCCAUAUAACCACCAAUGUAAAAACACACUGUAAGAUGUACUGUCACUAUGUUUAUUGUUUAUAAGAGCUUCCGCGAACGCAUGCACAUCUACACACGACGCAACAGAUGCGCACUGCGCUCUUACGCACGACUCCAGUGACACUGUGGAGGAGAGCUCAGAGCCAUGCAGAGCCACAUGUGUGAGCGUUUUACUGCCGCCGCUGCACGAAGAUGAUCCUGCUGCCUGGUCUGCUGUUCAUCCUCUGGGGAGAACCGGCUCGGUGCCUGGCAGAGGGUGGAGGCUUUGACUUUUACGGAGAGAUCCGCCAGUACGCCGUGGCCACCAACACGGUUUACGUCGCUACAGAGGAGAAGCUGUACCAGCUGAACCACGACCUGACUCUGGUCCGCAGUGUCACCCAGAGAGGAAUCAUAAAAAGUGGGGAACAUGUGUACGAUGCGCAGUUUCAUCGGGUUACUGAGACGGAUCAGUGGAACACAACUUUCAGAGUUAAUGUGUUAUUACCGUUUGUUGAAAAUGCCACUCUGAUCAGCUGUGGCGUGAUCGACAGAGGGUGCGGUGUGUGCGAGCUGCUGGACCUGGAGGACAUCUCCAGUGUGUUGCACAGGGAGCUCUUCUCGGUGGGGCCCCAGUGGCGCAACAGCAGCGCAUCUGUCGGCUUCCUGGUCAAUGUGGAGAAAACAAGGACCGAGACCGAGACUUACAUUCUGACUGCCAUACAGAAAGACAAAAAGAACCCCGAUAAGAUCGACUGUCCUUCUUCAGAAACUGUGAACCUUCAUAAUACGAACAACAAACAGAUGGGACUCAUAUUUUCCUAUUCUGGCGAUGGAUACAACACGAUCAAUGCCGUAGAUGAUGUGGAGUUUGUGGAUGGAUUUCAGCUUGGUUCUAUCAUUUAUCUUUUCUCCAACCUGCCCCAAAGCAACAAAGUCCGUCUCAUUUGGCUCGAGGGAAAAACCAGCAAAAUCCAAACUUUCAGGUCACUGCGGGGCGCGACUCUCAGCAUCUCUGACGGCGGUGGAGGCAGCAGACUCGAGGCCUCCUCGGUGGUCCCGGGUGGUCCGCCGGUUCUGUGGAGCGGCGUGUUCAGUGUGGACGGAGGACGAACCAACACUGAGCUGGUGCUGUUUGACAUCAGUCCUGAUCUCACCGGAGACAAAGACAAAGAUCCGGACUUCUGCACCAGGUCAACCUGCGCUGACAGGAUAACACCACAGCCGAAGACACUGAAGCCCAAGAAGGUGCUCUUCAGGCAGGACUACAUGACCUCAGUGCUGGCAGUGAGACAGAAGGCCUGGAUGAUCUUCUUCAUUGGGACGGGAGAUGGGCAGCUCAUAAAGCUCUGUGUCGACAAGAACUAUCACGCCACCUGUCCCAGGGUGCUCUACAAGGCCACUGAUGACCGCAAAGUGCUUGCCAAAAUGCACCUGGAUCCAGUGGAUCUUAAACAUGUGUAUGUGCCAUUUCAAAACCAGAUUAAGCGUGUAGCUGUGUCAAACUGCAGCACAUACACAAAUGUGCAGGACUGUUGGUCUGCACAGGAUCCAUACUGUGUCUGGUGUGGCUCUAAAAGAAGUUGCACAUUUGAAGAUGACUGCCAGGACUCAGACUGGUUGUCCAUUCCUGAUGACUCUCAACAGAAAAUGAUCUCCCAUAAAGUUGUCAAGGAGAACACCGGACAGAUCACUCUUACAAUCCAGACACACGUGACUGGGGGUUCUGAGGCGCUCGCUAACUUUGCUUGUCAAUUCUCUGCAAGUUCCAGUCAGCUUUGUAUCAUGAACAACACUCCUCCUCAGUUCCCACAGUGCACCUGCAUACUUACAAACAGCACACUUCCAACUGAAGGUAUGCAUGUCACAGUUAAGACUAAACUUGGGAAGACACGUUUGACUGAAGAACUGAAGCUAACCAACUGCUCUGACAUCAUGGGACCGCCCACCUCUGACCUGUGUCAGCAGUGUACUGAAGCUGGAUGUAGUUGGAGCACCAACAGCUGCUCCUGGAGGUCUCCAGGAGAUAUGGAAGACAGUGUUUGCCAGAUCAUGGCGUCCGGGAUGAACAUUUCUAAGCCUGAGAUAUCCUCCAUCACUCCCAGUGUUGUGUCUUUCUAUGGCAAAAACCAUGCAGUGUUGUCAGGUAAUGACCUCAAGGAUGUGACCAGAGUGAGGAGGCUCAAGACUGCACCCAACAAGAGUGAAUCUCCAGUAUUGAAUAACAAUGGUGUCAAUCUGACGUUCCACAUUCCCCGCACUGAUAUUAAAGGCGUGGUCAAAGUGUGUGUUGUCCUCUCUGAUGGUAGUUGCCAUGGCAACGCUACAAUCACCUACCGGUCCUUUCCUUCCUGCACUAACAUUGUACCACGCAGCUCUUGGUUCAGUGGGGGGAGAAAGAUCACCCUGAUGGGAUCCCACCUGGAGUUUGUGGAAGGUGUCAUGCACAGUCACGCCCAGCAGGAAGUCAGACCGCCAAGACACAAUGACUUUCAGAAUCUAAUCUACGACACACCUGCAGCUCAAACUAAUGGGAUUUUUACAAGCAAAGUGAUUCUGAAGAUAGCAAAUGAAACCUCCGCCUGCUCCACAAGAAUAACCUACUAUCCAGACCCUGAGUUCGUCAGUUUCACACUCAUGAGAAUAGGGGACAAUGUGCGCAUCACCCUACAGAAAAAGGCAGACAAACUGGACAUGACAGUGGCUGAGUUGUCAGUGUGGGGGGUUCAGGAUGGACAACAAUACCCCUGCAUCAUAGAGGCCAAAGAAACCACUAACAAGUCUGACUUCUUCAUUUGUGGAAUUCAGAGGACACCGGAUGAUAAUUUUCAGCAUUUAAUGAUAAGGUUUGGUGACAAGACAGUAACACUAGGGCCUCCAUCUCUAGUACAUCAGGUCAUACUGAUACUGCGUAUCCUGUUGAUACCCUGUGUUAUUUUUGUGCUGGUGAUCAUCUGUCGAUGGCAAAAGAAGCUCACUGAUGAGAUGAACAACCAUUAGCUGAAACCCGGGGGAAAUUUUUUUGCAACUCCAUUAUCAGAAUGAAUGUCAUUCGUCUGGUUAUAUGUAUUCUUCCUUGAUGUCCAUUGCUCCAGUUGCAGGUUACUGGAGUGAAAUUCACUCUUUUGUCUCUUUUGUAAAGGGAAGCAAUCUUAAAUGUACAGUGCAUGUAUGAGGGUUUAGUUUUGGGCUUAACAUAUCUUGCAGCAAUCAGCUGCUUGAUUGUUUUUCUUUACGUUAUUGCCUCAAAAUUACCAAUUACACUUAUAAUUUGGCAAUAAUAUGGCAACCCGGAUAUGAGAGGAAGCUGGUGUGAGUAUUUUCAUGAAAACAAAUGAGAUUCAUGUUCAAUUAAGUAUAUGGCCGGAUGACUUGAAGGUAUUACAUUUAUGGGAUCAUCUUAAUUGCAAUCAAAUAUAUAUAUG